AGCACUGGAGCCUACAGGCUGUUUGGUGGCGCUGAUGGUGGCCUUCAGGAGGGCUCACACCAGUGAGUACUUCCCAGAACUGCUGCUGCCAGUGUCUUUGUCCCCACAGUGAGCCACAGCCACCCCUCACCUCUGCAGGAAAACCUCCAAUACUGUCAGGGGACAGAGACGUUUGAUUCAGAUCCUUUGAACCAGCUGGACAUCUGUGGGACACCAUCUGAUACAGGGAGUUUUCUUCCCAGCCUCCCUGCAUUAACUUGGGGACAAUGUGGGGCUGGACACUGUGGAUGCUCCCUCUACUCUGCAAAUUUGGCCUGGCAGCUCCACAUGGCCUGGAUCUGUGGCGAGUCCUGGGACUAGCCGAGGUGGAUGGAAGAAGGCCAGUGCAGUUGCUGUGGAAGAAGGCAAAAGGAGCCCCGGUCCUGGAGAAAACUCUAGGCUACAACAUAUGGUAUUUUCCAGAAAACAACACUAACCUCACAGAGACAAUGAACACCACUAACCAGCAGCUUAAAUUGUAUCUGGGAGGCAAGACCUACCGGGUAUAUGUGAUUUCUUACAAUUCUCUUGGGGAGUCUCCAGUGGCCACGCUUAGGAUUCCAGCUAUUGAUGAAAAGUCAUUUCAGUGCAUCGAGGCCAUGCAGACCUGCUUCACUCAGGACCAGCUGGUGAUGGAGUAGUAAAGCUCUGUUCUGGAGGUAGAUACAUGGAUGAUUGAGUGGGUCCCAGAUUUGGACACAGAGUCCUCGACCAUUUCCUGGGAAUCUGUGUCUCAGACCAGGAACUGGACAAUCCAGCCGGAUGAACUAAAACCUUUCCGGUGCUAUAACAUCUCUGUGUAUCCAAUGUUGCAAGAUCGAGUGGGUGAGCCAUAUUCUAUCCAGGCUUAUGUCAAAGAAGGUGGUCCAUCAGCAGGUCCCAUGACAAAGGCGGAGAACAUUGGUGUGGAGAUGGUCACAAUUACAUGGAAGGAUCCCAAGAGUCAGAGAAAUGGUUUCAUCAACAACUGUACCGUAUUUUACCAAGCUGAAGGUGGAAAGGAAUUCUUCAAGACAGUCAACUCCAGCAUUUUGCAGUAUAGCCUGGAGUCCCUGACACGAAAGACCUCUUACACUGUUCAGGUCAUGGCCAGCACCAGUGCUGGGGGAACUAGUGGCACCAGGAUAAACUUCAAGACAUUGUCAAUUAGUGUCUUUGAGAUUUUCAUUAUAACUUCUCUGGUUGGAGGUGGCCUUCUUAUUCUCAUCAUCCUGACGGUGGCAUAUGAUCUCAAAAAACCCAACAAAUUAAAGCACCUAUGUUGGCCCAGUGUCCCCAAACCUGCUGAAAGCAGUAUAGCCACGUGGCGUGGAGAUGAUUUAAAGAUAAACACUCCUGAUAAACUAAAUCUGAAGGAGUUUGAUGACUCUGUGAACACAGAAGAAGAUGGGAUUCUAAAACCAUGUUCUGCCCCCAGUGACCUUAUUGACAGGUUGGUGGUAAAUUUUGAGAAUUUUCUGGAAGUGGUUUCCACAGAGGAACCUGAAAAGGGUCAGGAAAAUAUCUUGGGAGGGGAAAAGAAUGAGUACAUGACCUCCCCAUAUGGGACUUAUUGUCCCUCAGUUUCAGUCGAGAUUCCACCGAGAGAAUCGCAACACCUAUGUCCUGGAACGCCAGAGGGGAUCUGCUCAGAAGCCAAAGAGCAUCCUCUCCCUCCUACCCAAGGCUUAGGGCCAGACCAUCUCUGUGGGGAAGGAGCACCAAACCCAUACUUGAAAAAUUCAGUGACAACCAGAGAAUUUCUCAUGUCUGAAAAACUUCUAGACCAAACCCAAAGAGAAGUCUAAAUGCCGCCACGGCUUGAAUCCCCCUACAUCUCAGUAUGCAUGACUCACAGAGAGAAGACUUGGCUACAAGAGCUUCCUUGGCGUCUCCCCAUCCCGCUUGUGUUAGAAAAAGUUUCGCACACCCCCGAGUGACUCGUUGAGCUUGGCUGGCCCAGACGUGUAGCUUGCUUGAGAAGAAAGGAUGGUGGACUUCCCUGGUGGCGCAGUGGUUAAGAAUCCGCCUGCCAAUGCAGGGGACACGGGUUCGAGCCCUGGUCUGGGAG